AUGGACGGGCUGGAGGUCCAGCCGCCGCUCAGCGCCCGCGACCUCCUGGACGCGGCAGCCCCUUUCUGCGACCCCCGGAGCCUCCUCCCGACCUCGCAGCCGCCCAAAGUCGGCUACGGCCGGGGCGAGUCGAGCGGGGGCGGCGGCGGACCUUAUCUGUGGCUCAACGGGGCGCCCAGCCCUUACUUGCCCGGUGCCAACGGGGCGCCCGGCUCCUUCGUGCCCUCGGCUGCCUACGGGACGGGCGCCCGGCAGCUGCUGGCCGCCCAGGCGGCGGUGGGACCCCCCGAGCUCAGCUGGCUGUCCCUAGCGAGCCACCAGCAGGACUUCUUCAAGCUGGUGCGGCCGCCCUACUCCUACUCGGCGCUGAUCGCCAUGGCCAUCCAGAGCGCCCCUUCCAACAGGCUGACCUUGAGCCAGAUCUACCAGUACGUGGCUGCCACCUUCCCUUUCUACAAGAAGAGCAAAGGCGGCUGGCAGAACUCAAUCCGGCACAACCUCUCGCUUAACGACUGCUUCAAGAAAGUGGCGAGGCUCCAGGACGACCCAGGUAAAGGGAAUUACUGGAUGCUUGACCCCAACUGUGAGAAGAUGUUUGAUAAUGGCAACUUCAGAAGGAAGAGAAAGAGACGUUCUGAUGCAGCCAGUGGGCCUGGAGUCCAUAACAAAAUGGGGGACAAAACUGCUUUUCUGGAAAUUAAAUGUAAUUACCAACUUGUGAGAGUGAGUGCACGAAACAAUGACAGAAAUAUUUCGGAAAUUGUGUAUAUAAAGGAUGUAGACAUCAAGUUUAAGAAAGUAGAUAUAUUUUGA